GGACUUUUGGCCAUCCGGACUCCAAAGAGCGGUCGAUCGUCCUUUUGUCUCGGCCGUGCGGCAUGCAUGGCAACUGUGUCUGGUGGGCGAUCUGGCACUUGUUUCCUUUGUUGCUGGACUGCUGCCUCGUCGAUGCUCGAGACUGUCGCUACCACGAGUGGUGGCCCCGACGGCUGAGCAAUCUAGCGUCGUGGGCUCAAGCCUGCUCAAGCCGUGUUGGAGAGUGCCAUCCACUACUGUGUGCCCUCUCGCGACGGGCCACACUGGUUUGUUGGAGGCUGUCGGCAUCAGUUGUUGUUGGGCAGCGGAAAUUGUGGUGGACAAGCUUUGCGGACGGUCGUUUGGGCCUCAGCCACUACGUGCGUCCACCCUAUUAGCUCAUGGGACCAAGCAUACUGGGAGAUGACCCGACAAUCCGACCUCUAGCACCACGCCGGUGCAGAAGCUGUCCGUCGAAAAAGGGCAACAGGCGUCGAUCUUGG